AUGGCCCCUCCUAAGAUCUUCUCGCUCGACGGCAAAGGCCUCAAGCUCGACACCGCCGAAGAUAUUGAGGCUCACAUCAAGCCUCUUACUGAGAGCACUGACUACACUGAGAUCCAUUUCGGUGGCAAUACCCUGGGAAUCGGUGCCUCCGAGCGCCUUGCCGCCGUCCUUGCGACUCAGAAGAACCUUGAAGUCGCCGAUUUCGCCGAUAUCUUUACCUCGCGCCUCCUGUCCGAGAUCCCUCCUGCAUUGAAGGCCCUCCUGAACGCCAUCCUCGAGAUCCCUGCCGUCCACACCGUCAAUCUCUCCGACAAUGCGUUCGGUCUCAAUACCCAGGAGCCCCUCGUUCACUUCCUGUCGCAACACACCCCUCUCCGUCACCUUAUCCUGAACAACAACGGCAUGGGCCCCAUCGCGGGUACUUUGAUCGCAGAUGCCCUGAGCAAGCUUGCUGAGCGCAAGGAGGAAGCACGCAAGGCAGGCAAGGAGGUUGCCAAUUUGGAAAGCAUCGUUUGCGGCCGCAACCGUCUGGAGAACGGCAGUAUGGAGGCUUGGGCCCGCGCUUACGAGAAGCACGCCGGUAUCAAGUCCGUUAAGAUGACUCAGAAUGGCAUCCGUCAGGAGGGUAUCUCGCACCUGCUCCAGAACGGUCUGCGUCACGCUCACUCCCUGGAGGUUUUGGAUCUGCAGGACAACACUUUCACCCUCAAGGGUUCUACUGCCCUGGCUGCUGUGCUUGAGGGUUGGCCUUCUCUCCGCGAGCUUGGUGUCGGCGACUGUCUGCUUUCGGCUCGCGGUGGUGUGAAGGUCGCCGAAGCCCUAGCGGCCAACAAGAACCAGAAACUUCAGACUCUUCGUCUGCAGUACAACGAGAUCAAGGCUGACGGUGUCAAGGCCUUUGCCCAUGCGGCAUCAACUGCUUUGCCUGCUCUGCGCCGUAUUGAAUUGAACGGUAAUAUCUUCUCUGACGAGGAGCCUGGCAUUAUUACUAUCCGCGAAGUCCUUGAAGCUCGCCAGGAGGAGCACGGCACCGAUGAUGACCCCGAGGAUUCUUGGGGUAUCGACGAACUUGACGAGCUUGAGUCUGAGGAUGAGGAUGAGGAAGAGGAGGACGAGGAGGAGGAAGAAGAGGAAGAAGAGAAGGCCGAAAAGGAACUGAAGGAUACGGACCGUGCCGAGGAGGAGAAUGUUGCUCAAAAGUCUGAUAGGGAUGUCGACAACCUCGCCGACGUCCUGGGCAAGACUGCUAUUUAG